CAGGAGCAUUAAAAUUCAAACAAAACCAACAGCUAUAUAUAAACACAUUCUCCCAAAUUCAAGAUUCCAUUGUUGGGGGAGGAAGAAGAAGAUGGACGUAGAAGCAAAGAAGGGAGGUUCCGGUAACCGGAAGCGGAGGAACAUAUGCAUAGGCCUAGGAGUCACUCUAAUCUUGCUUAUAGUAUUAAUGGUGAUCUUAGCAUUCACCGUUUUCAAAGCCAAAGACCCCGUAAUCACCGUCGAUGCCGUCGCGCUUGAUGACCUCAAGGUGCGGCUUGACAUGGCCAGAGCGACGGUGAAUCUCAACUUGACCGUCUCUGUCAAUCUCACCGUCGAAAAUCCGAACAAAGUGGGCAUGAAGUACAAGGACAGCGCGGCGUUGUUGAUUUACAGAGGAGAGGAAGUGGGAGAAGUUCCGAUUCCUGCCGGGAAAGUAUCGGGCGAUGAAACAGUUCAUAUGGUUGUAUUUCUCACCGUGAUGACCGACCGGUUUGCGUCAAAUCGUCAAAUUUUUUCCGACAUGGUAGCGGGUUCGUUGCCUCUUAGCACUAACACCAAAAUUUCUGGGAAAGUUUCAAUCUUUAAAAUGUUUAAGGUUCAUGUGACCUCGGUUUCUAACUGUAGCUUCACUGUCUUUAUAUUUAACCGUACAACCAGCGAAGAACACUGUACGUAUAAGAAUAGCUUAUAAUAUAGUCAAAGCUUUUAGCUUUCACAGAUGGCUGUCGUUUGUAUCUCUUUUUUUGUAGUUUUCUUUCUCUGAUUAGUAAUAUACUUGUUUCUUGCAAUAAAAAAAUUCAACUUUGUCAUGUUUUACUUCAAUUGGAUGAUUCGAUUUUUGCUUAUUCUUGAACCAAACUCAAAACCCAUUACUAAAUUCUCCCUUCCAGUAAGUUUUGAUUUGAUUUUGUCUCCUCCUUUUCCUGUCAAGGUCAAAGGGCAAGCCAUCGUUGUUAUUAAUGUACAGAGCUUUAGUUUUAUCGAUCUGUAUUUAUAUUUUCUAAUUUUCUAUUAACUGUAGAUUUUCUCUUUAGGGAAUGGCUGUGGUGGUUCAAUCAGAAUUCGUGUUUGAGAUUACGCAAAUAUUAUUUUAUGCUGCUGCUGCUGCUGCUGCAAAGUUUGACACUCAAUUGAAAUCUAUUUCUUCCAAAAACCAGUACGUUUCCAUUUAUGAUAGUGAUAUUAAUGAUGGAAUCUUCUUCAAAGUAAAGCUGUUUGUCGGCAUUAUUAAUUCACACUCUUUCUGAUGAAGGUUGUAUUUACAGUUCACACCAAAAACCAGUAAAUUAAAUAUAAACACCUCGAUGGCAACAAAGCAUGUGAAGAUUUUAACUGCACACAGCGUUUGAAAGUUGUAUUUUUUUUUUCAUAGUUAAUAUCACCAUCUAAAACAAAGUUUAUAUUGUGUUGUUCAUCUGAGAGAAAAGAGAACAGUUAAAAGAGGAAUUAUACUGUUGGAUUGGACUAGUUAUUUGUUUAAUUUCCCUGUUGUUAUUGGAGUCAGUAGUAAGCAAAGAUUUUAAAGAUUAAUAUUCUGAUUUGUUUUCUUUCACUUUCUCUUGUUUGUGUAAUUAUUUAUAUUAAAAUGAAAUUAGGUGAAAG